AUGCGCAGGACGACGCGCCCAGAUUGCAACCGCCUUGCAACCGUCCUCUCUGUCGACUGGCACCUCGUGCUCGGGGAGCACCGCGACCCCGAGCUCCUCACCCCGCAGAGGCGGCGGCCCCCUUCCCCGUCCAUCAAGCCGUGGGCAGCCCCGCUCAUCUCCGGCUGGAUUAUACGACGCAUGCCGCCUGAGAUGGAGUCCCGGCCCUACGACGACCUCGGCCAGUGGCUCGCGCAGUGCCCGAAGGCAUGUGCUGCUGACAUGCUUCCCAUCACACGUCACACUGCAGGGGACGGAGUCCUGCCCACACGUCCGGCCCGCACGUCCUACGGCGAGAACGACAGUAUCCAUUCUGCAACCAAAGAUUCCGGCCGGACAUACGACGCGCUCAUGCACGAUCUUGUGGGCAUGUUCCCGACUUUGGACGGGGUCGAGGUUCAUCCUCACUUUGACGCAAAGAUGGACCACCUUGCCGGUGACGGCCGUGAGCCUGUGCACCUCGCUGGUGAUGUCCGUGAGCCUGUGCACCUUGCCGGUGAUGUCCCUGAGCCCGUGCCAAAGGCCAUGAUGCGCCCCGACUUUGUCACAUACGUGUCGUUCUGGGCAGCCUUUGUGCGCCGUAUUCUGGCCAUUGUCGAGUUCAAGUCGCUCACCGCCGCGCCGGACGCUGCGUUUGACGCUUUGGACGAAAUGGCCCUUGCACAGCGUUUCGUGUUUGUGCCGUCCGCGUCCGACCCCGGAAAGGUGGUCGUCAAGCUGCAAAGCUGCGUGCGGGACCCCAAGACACGCAUCGGGGCAGACACAUAUGCGGAAGUCAACAUGUCGCAUGCCCUCCACGUCGCUGCAACAAACAUCGCCGAUGUUGCUGGCUACUGCCUGCAGGGCUCCAGUCUGGGUGGGCUGUGGUCGUCCCUCAUCCGCCACGCACCACUUCUCCUGGACCUUCGCACGCGCACCAUCUUCUUUGGAACGUCCCGUGGGCACCGGUUGCGUGACGGCCCCGGCUCGCUCGCCGUCACGCCGACCCCGUCACUGCCUUUUCUGCACGCCGCGGUGGGCCUCCAGGUGCUCCAGUAUAUCAAUGACGAGCUCACGGCGGCCGGCACCGACCAACUUGACGAACUUGACGACGAGGAUGACAUGGAUCAACAGCCUCUGGACACUGCCGACAUUGCGAUCGCCAGGCCCGUCUAG